GCCAAACGUGAAGGCUGAGGAAGGUCUGGACGGGAGUCAUGUUCUCCUGCGUUGCGCAUCAAGAGAGGAAACGGGUCAAGCUGACGUCUAUAGCUGCCCUACAUCACAGUGCAAUUUCAUGCUAUAUAUAGUGCACUACACGAGGUGCUAAGAAUACUCGCGACAUCAUCGUCCCCAAUCCACUUGAUCGCGUGAAACAGCGCUUGGUCCCAAAGAGAAUGCAAAGUCCCAUCGCUGACAAAGCGUACAACAAAUUGAAUCGUUAAUGUCCAAGAGAACUCUCAUGCUUCGCGCACGGUAGGAGAGCAGCAAUGCCACAAACGUUGACGUUGGAUCAUGUGUCCCCGGCAACACGUUUGUUGGAGAAGCGGCGGCAAAUGUUUGAAGUCCAAGAAGCACUCGAUGCCCAAAAGGAAGAGUUUUCCCGCCGAGAGGACGCAUUUCGUCGGCGCGAAGAAGGCCUUCGCAAGAAGGAUUUGGAACUGCAAGAGUCCCUCAUCAAGUUCAACAAGUUUCUACAAGAGAAUGAAUCGAAACGAAACCGGGCAAUCAAGCGCGCGUCGGACGAGAUCAAACAGCGCUUGGCAAAAGAGCAGGACGUUGCUCGCCUGAAGGAAUCCCUCGAGCGGUUCAACGAAGAGAAUGAAAAGCUCAGCAACGAGGUCAAGAAGAACAUGAAAUACACACGGUACUUGGAGUUGGUGCAGGAAACUGUGCCGGAAGACUACCCUGAGAUCAUCGACUUGGUCAACCGGUACAACACGCUCAAGGACGCGAAUCGCGACCUGUCCGAGAACCAGCAGCUGCACGAGCGAGACAAUGAGCGAAAACGGGUCAAGUUUGCCACGUUCACGAAGGAGCGGACAAACGAUAUCCUCAACUUCAACAACGAAAUCGCAUCGUUGCAAAAGCAACUUGAGACGCGCGAAUCGAAUGCCAUUCGAUUGCAGCACGAGGUCGACACGACGAUUCGAAUCACGUCCGAUAAAACACUCGAAGUCGGCCAGAUUUUGAUGGCUGUGGGCAAUUUAUUGCAGAGGUCGACGUGCGGAAUUCACGGGACCAUCUUGAAGCACAUCGAAGUAAAGGAUGUGCUCGCCCCGAACGAAGAACAUGGACACACCGUUGGGGGCGACCAAGACAAGAUCGAAGACUUGGAACUAUUGCAGAAUGGACGCAAAGCCAUGGCGGACUUGGAUGUGAUAGCGUCGUACAUGGUGGAUUUCACGGCAAUCGUGCAAACUCGGAUCGAAACGCAGAGGGCGCAGAAAAAGGCCGCGGCAGCCGCGGAUGGGGCAGUGUCAAAUGGCCCAAAUGUGGUGAGCACAAAGCAGGAGGCAAAGCAAUAAAAUUUACAAGUCGGAUUAUUUCUUCC